AUGUCAUCACUUCUCAGAACAGCCAACAUUUGUGGUCUAAGGCUUUCAGUUAGUGUUUAACCAAAUAUCUGCCUCUAAGGGGUGGGCUCAACUGAUGGGAUGAAGACUGACAGCCCAAAACUAAGAAAGACAACUCCUGCAGGGUGACUCCCUGACUUUCCUAGAAGAGGGAAGGAAGAGUGGGCUGGUGAUACAGAAGUGAGACACAAUGGAACCUGGUUUCACCUCCAAGGACACUUAUCUAAGCCACUUUAACCCUCGGGAUUACCUAGAAAAAUAUUACAACUUCAAAUCCAGACACUCUGCAGAAAAUCAAAUUCUUAGGCAUCUGCUGAAAAACCUUUUCAAGAUAUUCUGCAUAGAUGGUGUGAAGGGAGACCUCCUGAUUGACAUUGGCUCGGGCCCCACCAUCUAUCAGCUCCUCUCUGCUUGCGAAUCUUUCAAAGAGAUCAUUGCCACUGACUACACAGACCAGAACCUGCGGGAGUUGGAAAAGUGGCUGAAGAAGGAGCCAGGGGCCUUCGACUGGUCCCCAGUGGUGACCUACGUGUGUGAUCUGGAAGGGAACAGAGUCAAGGGACCGGAGAAGGAGGAGAAACUGAGACAGGCGAUCAAGCGGGUUCUGAAAUGCGACGUGACGCAGAGCCAGCCGCUGGGCGCCGUGUGCCUGCCCCCCGCGGACUGCCUGCUCAGUGCGCUGUGCCUGGAUGCCGCCUGCGCUGACCUCCCCACCUACCGCAACGCCCUCCAGAACCUCGGCAGCCUGCUGAAGCCGGGGGGCUUCCUGGUGAUCGUGGACGCGCUGAAGAGUAGCUACUACACGAUCGGCGAGCAGAGGUUCUCCAGCCUGUGCCUGGGCCGGGAGGCAGUGGAGGCUGCCGUGAGAGACGCUGGCUACUCCAUCGAGCAGUUCGAGGUGAUCUCUCAGCGUUACUCUCCCACCACGGCUGACAACGAAGGGCUGUUCGCCCUGGUGGGGAGGAAGCUGAGCAGAUCUGUAUGACCCUGUGUGAUCUCAAUUAAACCACGGCUUCCACUUGC